AUGGUCCGACACAAGAAAGACAACUUCUCCCGCGGCGGAAAAAAGUCAGGACCACCCCGCCACCGUCCCUCGCCCCGCGCUGGUGAAGAUACAGACGGUACAACAGAAGACGCAACAAGACCACCCUUCAAAGCCGCAUGCUGGGAUUUGGGCCAUUGCGAUCCGAAACGAUGCUCAGGGAAGCGAUUGAUGAAUUUUGGGUUGAUGAGAGAGCUUCAGAUUGGACAUAAACAUGCUGGGGUGGUAAUUUCACCGAAUGCCAAACGUGUGCUUUCUCCUGCGGAUAAAGAUUUACUUGACCAAUAUGGCGCUGCGGUCGUGGAAUGUUCAUGGGUUCGUGUCAAGGAAGUUCCCUGGUCUCGUAUCGGAGGAAAAUGUGAAAGACUACUACCCUACCUCAUCGCCGCCAACUCCGUAAACUACGGCCGCCCCUGGCGCCUAAACUGCGUCGAAGCGCUCGCAGCCUGCUUCUACAUCUGCGGCCACGAAGACUGGGCGGAGGAAGUCCUCAAACACUUCUCAUACGGUGAAGCAUUCAUCAAAAUCAAUCAGCAACUACUCAAACGAUAUGCGGCAUGCUCGAGUGAAGAGGAUAUCAAGCGUACGGAGGAGGAGUGGUUGAAUAAGAUUGAGAGAGAGUAUAAUGAGAGUCGUGCGGAGAGGGAGGCCGGUGGUGCAGAUGAUAUGUGGCAGAGGGGGAAUACGAAUCGGUUGGAGGUUCCUGAUUCUGACGAUGAUGAUGAGAAUGAGGACGACGAGGAUGAGGAAGGGGAAGAGGGAGAUGAGGAGGAGGAAGAACAAGAAGAAGAUAAAGACCCCUUCGCGAUAUCAGAUGACUCUGACGACGAGGAAGAAAUGGCCGAAAUUCGACGGAAGAUUCUUAACUCAAAAAGCUUUCAGAAUCCGACUUCACAACCAUCGUCACAACCACAACAAUCAUCGUCCAGUAACACACAACCUAUUUCAGCUUCCUCGAAACAAAUACCAAUAGACUCCGACUCAGAAUCUGGUUCCGCCGAAGCCAGCGACGAGGACGAGGAAGCAUUCGAUAACAUCAUCAAUGCGACCCCCGUGACAGACCGGACAGGGAUUCUAGCAGCGAAGAAGCAGCGGAAGGCUAAUGAUUCACUGACUGCAUCUUUUUCGCGGACGGUGAUAUCUGCGCCGAAGAAGUAG